AUGACGGAGACGACGCGAGGGGCUCCGGUCGCCGCCGUCGAGUUUGUCGUGCGGCUGCUCGACCGCGCGCCCGACGGCGUCGUGUGCCUCUUGGGCAGUGCCGCAGAGAUCGGCGCCUGGGACGUCGCAAGGGCUGUGCCGAUGGAGCGUAUAGCGGACGAGACAAAGGAGAGCACGUGGCGCGCGUGCAUUCCCUUUACGGCCGCUACAGACACACUCGAGUACAAAUACAUUGUAAAGCACCGCGAGACGCUCGAGUUGGUGUCGUGGGAGGGGCUGCCGGGCAAUCGCACGCUCACAGUCGCCCGUGGCGCGAACGUCGCACUACGGGCUCGUUCGAGUCAGAGCUCCACGUACACGACGUCCCGGGCGCCCGUGCCAGGCCCUCGUGGCGCUGAGCUAGGUAAUAACGGCAGCACGAACGGGUUCCAAGAGUGGCGGUGCUGUCGGACAGAGAAAGAAGCAAACCCGUGGUGGGAAGUGGACUUGGGAAAGGCGUUGGCGAUCUCGAGCGUCCACUUGUGGAACGCAAUGACGUACCACGAACAAGCGAAACACCCUGGUGGUCGGCCGCCCAUGACGUCCAAGGCAUCGCACGCGCCCCCGUUAUGGAUCUUCUUUUCGAACGAGCCGCUAGGUCGUCAAGCUGAUUCACUGGAAGAUGCACAGGCCAAAGCCGCGGCGGAUCCGUCGUCCGUGCGUGCUAUUGAGAUGCAAAACUCGUUCGGUAGUCGUGCUCGAUCACUGCAUUUUGCUGCGCGCGAUUCGCAUCGAGGGGAGAGUUUCAAUGGAGUUGAUGCUCGUGUCGGGGACGCUCCAGAACUUUCGUCGAUUGAGGCGCGCUACGUACGGCUGCAGUGCGCUGGCGUGUCAUGUGCUCUUCAGUUUGCUGAGCUCCAAGUGUUCGCGCACGAGGCUGAAGACAAUUGCGACGCGCUGGAAGAUACAGCUAUGUGUAUCAAAUGCGACGAUGGGUUCUACGGUGUUGCAACGGCAGUGGAAGAAGACCUGCGCGAGUAUGUUGAAAACGGAUGGCUGGAUCCGGCAGCCGCUGUGGCGGAGCUGAGAGUAUGGAUCGGUAGCUUUGAUUCCAACAAGCCAGCCAUUCAGUGGUUGGAAGGUGACCUGAAGCCCGGUUGUGCGGUAAUUGACAUGCGCUACGAAAGGUGCGUGACGGACGGCGAUCAAGCAACGCACAGUAAUCAGUCUCAGAAGAAUCUGCUAGCCAAUGGCAAGUCAAGUGGCACGUGGGAGUUGCUUCCUGUAGAAGUCAAAAGUGCAGCCCUGCUCGACAAAGAGUCAACGGAGCUGCGCAAGCUUUUCGACGAACAGCAGCAAAAGGCUGGUGUCGACAUCUCAGCAUACCUGAACAAUGACCCUCGUGCCAUCCCUCUAUCCACAUCGUCGGCCAAUUUGUCGUGGCUGUCAAGACUAGCCUUUGUCCGACUGCUCGAGGCGUCCGACGUGACGGCUUUGCACGAUAAGGUCGCCACGCGGAAGUAUAUGAAGGGCGAAAGUAUCCUGCACUACGCCGAACAGAAGCGCGCUAUUUUCUACGUGAAAUCAGGCAGCGUCGAGUUACUGGGACCGAAAUCCUCUACGGGCACGAUCCUCCUUGGAACGCUCGAAGCGGGUUCUGUCUUCAACGAGAUGGGGAUCUUGAGCGUUUGGUCCCGACAGCCGGUCUUGUUCAAAGCCAAAGACGACGUCGUUUGCGAGAUGCUUGACCUCGACACACUCCUCACAGUCCUGGGAACCAGCAAAGUUGUCUCCAUUCGCAACGACUACGCACGUGGCAGACGCAAAGCAGGAUCGCUGCUCGAAGAGAGACAGACAGAUUACACGGAUAGCACCCACGCGCAAGUAUUUUGCGUCAAAGUGCCUGUGGAUGUUGUCGACGGGAGCAAAAAUCAUACUGACGGACGCCUCCAUCGCUGGACGCUCGACGUCUACGAAUGCCAGAAGGAUGCGCAGUCGGGGUCUUGCACCAGAUCGAAGCUGUUGGGGUCAGCUUUUCUUCUUCCAUCGCAGAUCAAGAAGCAGGAAGAGUCGGACCUGACGGUCCCGGUCUUUUCCACGAACAUGGACAUCGUUGGUCAGCUCACGUUGGCCUACUUAGUUUUGACACCUUUCGCCCACCCGAAGAACAACAUCGCGCAUGUCUGGCGUUCGUACUGGCGGGAACGACCUCCACUUACGAUCGGGCAUCGAGGCAUGGGACGAUCGCACUACCAGGUUGAUGGGUACCGCCUCGCCUUGACCCGUGAAAACACACUGGCUUCGUUCAUUCUGGCCGGUCGGAGCGGUGCCGACUUCGUCGAGUUUGACGUGCAACUGACGAAAGACAGGGUGCCCGUGAUUUACCAUGACUUCAAUGUGAAUGUCGGCCUAGAAGACAAGAGCGCCGGGUCGUUUGGCACGAAAUCCGAGCUGUACGAGGUUGGCAUCCAUGACAUAACCUUCCGUCAGUUGACGCACGCCCAUACGACCCCAGUGCCGCACAAGAGGAGCAAGAGUCAGACGUUGCAAAGCCGAGUGAAGAAGCACUGGGCGCGGCUGCGGAAAGACAAGCAGCUGCUUUCGCCCAGACACGGACCGUUCACAGACCAUGACGCCACGGCUAGUGAAGAAGGCCACCUUGUCGAAUUCUUUCCUCGUCUCGAGGACUUGCUCAAGCACGUUCCUGCGGAAGUCGGUCUGAACAUUGAGGUCAAGUACCCGGACUAUCUCUUCCAUGAAUCGAUGCGAAGCCUGAGCAGCUUCACCAUCAACGCGUAUGUCGACGCGAUCCUCCAGUGCGUGUUUGACCACGCUGGCUCGCGUCGCAUCUUCUUUUCGUGCUUCGACCCGAGUAUCUGCGUUGCGCUCCGCGUGAAGCAAACAAAGUACCCGGUGCUGUUUCUGACAUGCGGGUUCAUGGCCCCGCAUACGAUGGACGCGCGCAUGACGCUUCAGUUUGCUGCGAUUUUCGCCAAGAUGGAAGAGCUGCAAGGUAUUGUGUCCAACUCGGACGCGAUCAUUGAGACGCCAGAGCUUGCGCCGCUCGUGAAGAAGUACCUCGGCACUGUGCUCAUGACAUGGGGCGACCAGAACACAAACCACGAAAUGGUGCAGCUCCAGAAGCGCUACGCAGUCGACGGCGUCAUCAGUGACAAUGUCAUUGACCUCAUCAACCAGGACAAGAAACUGCAGGCGCUGGCCAAGUAG